AGCAAGUCCGCAUUAAAGACAACGCUAUACGAAUGUUUCGUCAUGGUAAGCGUUCACCACAAAAGAGGACAUUAUAAUUUCACCGUCUUGAUAGUGUCUUUCUUCACGCUUGCGGAACAGAGAGGGAGACCCACUGCGCGGGUGUGUGUGGCCUCCUCUUCCCACGCACCCCUCCCCCGCCUGUCCGCUCGCUCUGCCCAAAAUGUGAAACCAAAUCCGAGCAGCAGGUCACAGAGCCUAGUUAUUUUAAAACCAACACUGAACUACCUUGACAGGACCAUGGAAGUAACGCGGAACGGGCAGUUUAAAGAAAUAAUCGUCGCCGUGAGAGAGACAGAGUAACAUGAGGGAGCGCCGCUGUGCUCGUUUAAUGUGUUUUGUUGUUGUUUGGCUGCUCGUGGGUCUCCAAUGUCUCUGCCCGUAGUUCUGCCUGGAUCUUGCUGUCGUUUAUCGGGGGCUGCUCUGGCCCAUCAGUUCGCAGACGCAUCUUACAGAAGCCGCAGACGCUGUGUGUCCGCUCUUCCGUCCCGUAUGUCUGGAUCGCAGACGCGGCUCAUCCCGGCGCUGCUGCCCGCUCGCCCGCUGCUCUCCCUCGGCUUGCUGCAGCUGGUUCUCGGCUGCUCCAUGGUGGCGCUCUCUUUCGGGGCUCUGUCCCUUAGCAACUCGCCCCCUAUUAGAAACUCCUGUCCGUUUUGGGCCGGAUCUUCUGUCAUCCUCUCUGGGAUUAUAGGACUAACCACAUGGAAACGGCCAAUGCUUCUGCUGGUAAAUCUGUUUGUAUUGCUGUCAGUGGUCUGUAUCCUGCUAAACCUGGCAGGCUUCAUCCUCUGCUGUCAGGGGGCUCAGCUGGUCUCCAGUACCAUUAACUGCCAGCUGAAUGAGAAAGGUGAUCUCUGUCACUGUUGUUCAGAGAUUCCAAGCACGCAGUGCCAAGGGGACAAGUUGAUCGAGAUCUACGCAGGUCAUGCAUGUGGCACAAUGAGAAUUCUGCUCAAGGUGUGUUCAUUUUUUUGUGUGUGGGAAAGCAUGAUAUGCUCUCGUUUCAUUGGAUGUUCUGAUCAAACACUAAUGGGUUUGUCUAGAAGCAGCUGUUUACUGUCAUUAUAUCUUCUCGUGGGUUGUUUACAAUGUAAAUGUGUGUGUUUUGGCAGGAUGUUUGGUGAUGGUAUGAUUCCUCUUCCUCAUAUAUAUGGUGCCAGAAUUAAAGGAGUGGAGGUUUUCUGUCCUCUAGACCCUCCUCCACCUUAUGAAGCUGUUGCAUCAAACCCAGCAGCACAGGCCCAGAAUACUGAGGUGCAAAUGACCGAUCUGACUGAGGUCCUGACAGAGAGUGCAGAGGCAGAGACACCCAGUGAUGGUAUGAACCACUUGUAUUCUAAUGUAUAGGCCUGUGGAGAGGAGCAGUAUUGAUAAACAUUGACAUUUCACACUUACAAUUGUUUUUGCACAUUAA